AUGAGUGAGACUAUACGGUCAGUUCGAAUUCGCGACACUGCCAGGCGAAGCAACCCUAAAACUCAUGUUGUCUACGAAAUUGAAGUUCGUGCAGCAGUAAGAACUUGGACUCUAUGGAAGAGAUACAGCGAAUUUGAAGACCUUUAUAAGAAGUUCAUACGAUUAUUUCCAAAUCAUACUCCACCUAUGGAUUUACCGGCAAAGCACUUCCUACAGUCAACUUUGGGUAACCCUGUUUUAAUUGAGGAGAGAAAGAGAGGAUUAGAAGAAUUUCUCCAAAGCAUUUUAAGUGAUCAAGAUGAUAGAUGGAGAGAGACUGAUGAGUGGAAGGAAUUCUUGGCAAUUCCUACUGGAAAACCACUCGACGCGUUAUCAAUGUACACUUCCGAAAGCUGGCUCGACGGUUUUAACCAGGCACAGGCCAUAGCUAAAGAAAUUCGCUCUCUUAUCAAUCGUCGACAGACUCAUAUUGGACAUAGUGAAGUUGCUGCAUCUCACAAUUGCAGCUUACAAGCCAAGAAAUCUUUAACAUUAUUAAACUCUCGAGUGGCAUCUCUUGAAGCUGGUCUCCAGGGAUUGGCUAAGGGAUCGGGCAGGGAUGGUUUAAUGAUGUCUGAGGGCGAACUCCGACGACGUACUGAUAUGAUUAAUGAUUUGAAGGACGAAAAGGACACUUUACAAAAGCUUGUUCUAGCUAGUAGACCUGAAAUUCACAAUUUAUCUUCGGCUGAUUCAGUCGAUCGUAAUGCUUUGCUCCGUCAACCAGUAAGACAACGCUCAUCACCUCAGUUGGGCCGCACUAAUGGACCUGCAGCGAAUUCUGUGAAUGGGGCUGUCAAGCCGACGUCGCGACGCGUGUUUGGUAAUGCUAGCGCAAUGCCGCAAGAGACUGAACAAACCCGUGGACUGGAUAACCAGGGCUUGGUCAAAUUACAGCAACAGGCGAUGUACAAUCAGGAUGCUCAUGUUGAGCAAUUUAGCGCUAUUUUGAAUCGUCAGAAACAUAUUGGAAUGGCGAUUAGUCAAGAAUUGGAUACACAGAAUAAGAUUCUGCAAGAGCUAGAUGAACAAGUAGAUAGUACGACUGGUAAACUAAAGCAUGUUUCGAAAAAGAUUAGCUCUAUCAAAUGA